GUACGCUAUUCCGAACCUCGCCAGAAUGCGUCACCUCUUUAUUUUUUUCCGUCUUUCUCAGAUCCAUCUUUGCGACAGUUUGAAGAUCCUACAGGCUAAUAUGGCGCGAAGUACACACACUGUGGGAGGCUAUCUCGAGUCUCUUUUCGGGCUCAUCGGCCAAACCGCAGUCGUCACUGGUGGCAGCUCUGGCAUCGGCCGUGAAAUGGCCGUCGCCCUCGGUCGCGCUGGUUGUCGACUUGUCCUUGUUGCUCGACGACCGCAGCCUCUUCAAGAAACAAUUGAGCAUCUCGCAACGUUCAAUGUGCAAGCGUCGGCCGUGACUGCGGAUCUCGCCGACGUCGCAUCUCUGAAGGCUACCAUUGAGCAAAUCACGUCGACACACGGCACUCCGGACAUCCUAGUCAAUGCGGCCGGGGUGAACUAUCGACCACACAUGGAUGACCUUUCUGAAGAUGUCUGGAAUACCACGAUUGCGGUCAACCUCACGGCACCAUUCAUCCUAGGACAGGCAUUUGGUCCGCGCAUGGCCGAGCGGGGAAGUGGGAGAAUCAUCAACAUCAUCAGCCAGCAGACAUUCCGAGCCUUUGGCAACAGCGGUGCCUAUGGCGUGUCCAAGGGAGGCCUGCUUUCAUUGACGCGCUCGCAAGCAGAAGCCUGGUCUCCAAAGGGCGUUUUGUGCAAUGCAAUUGCGCCGGGGUUAGUCAGCACUCCUCUGACUGAGCCUGUUUUCCGUGAUGCUUCAAAGGUUGAGAUGCACGCGGCGAAAACAAUGAUUGGGAGGAACGGUGUGCCGGAAGACUUUGCCGGGGUUGCUGUGUAUUUGGCGAGCGCUGCCAGCGCCACGGUGACGGGACAGACGAUAUUCGUAGACGGAGGAUAUUCGGCGAGUUAGUAAUCUAACCAGGUGUUCAGCUGGACAUCAAUUUUACCUGGAGACUCCUCUUCUGAGACGUACCUAGCGCUAUAUGUCAUUAACUACGCCUAUAGUAAGCCCUGUUUGCCAUUUCAUAUCGUAACGAGGACGGCGUUGAAG